CGCCUCACGCGCACUCCACCGUGUCAGAUGGCACCGAUCGGCCCGUCGAUGCCGCCGCACCUGGCGCGGCGCACCCGCUCGCCGUCGCCCGUCCGCGCUGCAGCCUCGGCGUCCGGCUCGGCAUCGUCCGCUGCGGCGGCAGCUGCGGCAGCCGCAGCGGCGGCUGCGUCGGGCGGCGGCAUCGGCUUUGCCCUGCCCGCGGCCGCCGCACCGCCGGCUCCGCGCGCUCCUUCGGCAGAGCUCGACGACGAGCCGACGAUUGCAAUCCACGACGACGACGGCUUCGAGGCUCGCCCGGCCGCUCGUGCGGCACACAAGGCAGAGCCGGAGCUGAGCGAGGGCGCGCGGCGCUUCCUCGAGCGCGAGAAGCGCAUCCGCGAGGGCGGCACGGCACCGGCCCCGGCCAAGCGGCCAGACUGGAUGCUCAAGCCGCCGUCGCCCAAGUCGCUUUCCCAAGCCAUGGUGCUGGACCCGUCGAUGGCGCUCAAGUCGCGCGGCUUCAGCCAGGGCGGGCGCAUUCAGCGCGGCGCUGGUGCCGGCGCGGGCGAAGACGACGGCAGUCUGUGGACCGAGACGCCUGCCGAGCGCGAGCAGCGCAUCCGCGAGGAGGAGAUGGGCAUCCGUGGCCGCAAAGUGCUCGGCGAGGAGAAGAAGGUCAAGCCUGAGGAUCUGGAGCGCCAGCGCAAGAAGCGCGAGGCCGAGGAAGAGACACGGCGCAAGAUCCGCGAGCAUGACCCAUCGCGCACAGUCUCGCUGCUCGACUUGCACCGCAAGAAGCGAGUCAGCGAGCACAAGAGCGGCGACUCCGACCGCGGCGAACGGCGCUCGGGCAAGGAGCGGUCGCGCAGAGACGCCGACGGACGGCGCGACCGCAGCCGAUCGCACAGCAGGGAGCGCAGCCGCAAGUCGCGCCGAGACGAGUCAGACUCCGAGUCGUCGUCGGACGAGUCGGAUGGCCGGCGGCGCCGGCGAGCCCGAGAGCGCAGCCGCAGUCGGUCGCCCGGCCGGCAUCAGGCGUCUUCCUCGUCGAAGCGGCGCGACCGCUCCGUGUCGGCGUCAGACUCGGAAGACGAUGCGCGGCGGAAACGACGGCGCCAGCGCAAAGAGGAGAAGCGUGCGGAGCGCAAGGCGCGCAAAGAGAAGGAGGCGCGCCGCGCCGAGCGCAAGAAGGAGAAGCGCGACAAGGAGGAGGAGGCCGGCAAGGGCGGCGCCAAGACCAUGAUCUGGGACCGCGACGCGGUGCUCGGCGUCGGCGGCAAGAUGCUCGACGAUGCCAAGCGCGCCAGCAUGAUCCGCGACGCGGCCGGGCUCAAGGACCGCUUCGGCAGCAGCGGCUUCUCACGAUAGCCCGCAGCGCGCGCGCGCGUGCGGUGCCGCCAGGCAGAGCAUGGCGAUGAGUGUAUUACGAUGCAGUACGCGAUCA